CUGAGUUUCCAUAUGAGGUAAAGUUAGAUUGUUAGUAGUGGAGCUUGUUUGAUUAGCGAAGCGCAUUACCUAGCUGCUCAGCCUAGUAUAAGUAUGUUGCGUUGCAUGGUGUGCGCUUCGUGCUCGUGAGAUUCUCCUUUCCUUUUCGAUUACUUAGCUCGCUGUGGAAACGUGAGAAAUUCAGUCAAGUUGUAGACUGGAAUUCAAUUGGUAAAAAAUGGCGUCGAGAGCGACAAUUCUGUUGUUCUGCCUAGGGUUUUUGUUUGCCCUUAACAUCCUCACCACCGAGGCAGCGCCAUCAGCAAGUAAACGCAGUGGACAUGUUGUACACGAAAAGCGCGAGACGCUGCAUCCCCGAUGGACCAAGCGGGAUCGUGUUCCUCAGAAUAAGCUACUUCCAAUGCGUAUUGGGUUGAUGCAGUCGAAUUUGGAGAAGGCUUAUGAUCAUUUGCUCGAUGUAUCACACCCAGAUUCCCCAAACUAUGGUCAACACUGGACACCCGAGGAAGUCAUUGAAGCAUUCUCUCCCUCCCACGAAUCCAUUUCAGCAGUCAAAAAUUGGCUGAUCGAUAACGGGAUCUCUUCCGACCGUGUCACCCACUCCGACAAUAAGGGAUGGCUAGCCUUCUAUGCGACACGCGACGAGGCCGAGAAUCUGCUGCAGACAGAGUUCCACGAGUUCGAAGACUCAGUUACCGGCGGCGUCGUGCCUGCGUGCGACCAAUACCAUGUACCGCAUCAUAUUUCAGAGCAUGUCGAUUAUAUCAACCCAGGAAUUAAGCUGCUUGCUCCUCCCGAAAGCCACCAAGUUAAGCGCGACAACAUCAUUCGCGUCAAUGCUGAAAAGUACGGAUCUGCGCGUAUUGAGCAUGCUCUUAGGACAGACGUGGACAAAUCUGUCGAGCAGGCAUUGUUGCAAAACGUUGCUGCUGGUGGUAAUAGCUCUGAUCUCAGCACAUGCGACGUCGCAAUCACACCGGCCUGUGUCGCUGCGCUAUACAAAAUCCCGAAAAACGAGAGGAAACCGCAUCCAGAUAACGCCAUGGCUGUGUUUGAGUCUGAGCUGCAGUUCUAUCGCCAGAAGGAUUUGGAUCUCUUUUUCGCAAAUUUCACCAAAUACAUCCCUAAGGGAACACAUCCUAUUGCGGCCAAUAUUGACGGUGGCCAGCAGGACACUGACGACCCAUACCAGGUUGGUGGUGAAGUUAACCUCGACUUGAUGCUUGCCUAUCCAAUCGUCUAUCCCCAGUCCAUUGUCGACUAUGAGGUGGAUGAUUUUCUUGUCCAGGCCAAUCCCAAUGACACUUAUACCUUCGGAUUCAAUACAUUUUUGGAUGCCCUUGACGGAUCGUACUGCACAUUCUCCGCCUACAAUGAGACCGGCAACGAUCCCUACCUCGAUCAAGAAUACCCAGACCGUGGCUCAGGUGGCUGGACCGGCCAGUUGAUGUGCGGCGUUUAUAAACCCACCAACGUCAUCUCAGUCUCCUACGGCGGCCAGGAAGCUGACCUGCCUCUCUCUUACCAGCGCCGCCAAUGCCUCGAGUAUGCCAAACUAGGUCUCCAAGGUGUUUCUUUCCUCUUCGCCAGUGGCGACUCUGGCGUUUCCAACUACCCUGGUAAUAUCGACGGUCCAACCGGUUGUCUCGGCCGUAAUCUGGACGUGUUCAACCCAACAUGGCCAAACACAUGCCCCUACAUUACCAACGUCGGUGCCACCAAGGUGUAUCCUGGAAAGACCGUGUGGGAACCUGAAAGUGCUGUGUUCGACCCCGCCGGACACCCGUAUAGUGUCAACUUCUCUUCUGGCGGUGGCUUCAGUAAUGUCUUCCCAAUCCCGAACUAUCAAAAGGACGCCGUUGCUACAUUCUUUAAGAAGCACAACCCUCCUUAUCCAUACUACAGUGCUCUUGCACCCGACACUGGUGAUAUCAAGCAAUUGGUGGAUAUCGAUGCCUUGGCGGGCAACACUGGAGGCAUUUAUAACCGUAUUGGCCGAGGUGUUCCCGACGUCGCAGCCAAUGGCGACAACAUCGCUGUAUACUUGGGAGGUAACUUCAGCCUCUCGGGAGGAACAUCGGCUAGCACGCCCAUCUUCGCUGCCGUCAUCAACCGCAUCAACGAAGAGCGACUUUGGGCCGGAAAAGGGCCCCUGGGAUUCUUGAACCCGGCUCUGUACUCCAAUCCGUCUAUGCUGAAUGACAUCACGAAUGGAACAAACCCCGGUUGCAACACAGUUGGUUUUUCGGCUGUGCCUGGAUGGGACCCUGUUACCGGCUUGGGCACACCAAACUUCCCCAAGAUGCUGGACUUUUUCAUGAAGUUGCCGUGAAGCUUGGGCCUAUGGGUGGACUCAUAAGACAGUCGCUUGCUGUUAAUGAUCCUGUUGUAUAGAUCUAGCCGUGACCAACGUAAAUAUACGGAGAAUGAAGAAACUAGGCCAG